AUUGAUGCCGCAUUUGUGGAGUCUGCUUUAGAAAAACAGAAAGACUGCCUCAGCCAGGAGAAGAGAAAGAAAUCAGUUUAAAUGUGCAUCUUGGGAUUUUUGUUUCUAUCACAUUUAGGAGAUUUUUGAAGUGGUUGGUAACAUUUUGCUGAGUUAGAAUGUUUUAGCCAGGAGUCUGAGAAGGCUAAGUCAUCAGAUCCCAAUUGUUUAGGUUUACCAGAUGGUUCUGUGUGUGCAUGCGAUAAUUAAAUCAGCUAUCAGCUGAUUGCUGUAAAAACCUUGAUUAACACAGUACAACCCAGUAAGAGUUUAAAAAUUCUUUAAAAGAUAAUUGAUAUAUAAUUGGAAAAAAAUCUCCAGGCUGUCUAGAAACCUGUUUUAUUCUUCAUCUUCCUUUUUAGGAAAAGAUUAAUCUUUCCACAACCCAAAGAACUUAAACAAGAAACCCAAAAUUAUAUUGCACAUGCAAUCUCUGUAUUCCUUACUAAUACCUGUACCUGCAGCUUGUUGCGUGUAAAUGGGUUCCUCCAUCUGUGUGGAACCCCACUGACCUCAAUAAGGCAAUCACAAUAAGUAGUAGGAUUGGGGGCUAAAGGCCUGAUUCUGUCUAUAAUCCUUACUGAAGCAAAGUGUCCAUUGACCUUAAUGGGGGGUUAUCUGUGUAAGGAGUGUAGGGUUGGGCACAUAGGCAUUUUACAAUAAGGAAGAGACUGACUUUCUAUACUGUUAUUAAGGAUGGUCCAGUGCCUAGGGCAAUAGUUUAGGGUUUAUGAGACUUGGGUUCAAGUCUCUAUUUUGCUACAGACUUCUUGUGUAACCAUAGGCAAGUCACUUAAUCUCUCAGUUCCCUAUCCGUAAAAUGGGGAUAUUAGCACACCCUUACCUCCCAGGAGUGUUGUGUGGAUAAAGAUUGUGAGCUGUUUAGCUACUAUGGUAAUAAGACAUGUGAGAACCUAAGACAGACAAACCCUUUCCUUAUCCUCCUAAAAGAGAAUAAAAAGUAACAUAAAAGUGCCCAGAGAUUUCUAUUCCUGAACCCAGAAAUCAAGUAUGCAGCAAGCAUCUAGCAGAAAGGUAACAUUUCCUUACAGAAGAAAAUGUGGGAGCUGCAGUUUUCGCUCAGUGGGAUGUUUGAAGGAAAAGGCUUUAAUUUUCCAGGACAUACUCUUAGCUCUUCUGUUACUAAAUAAAGGCAGAACAAAAAAUUCAGCCAUUAAUUUGUAUUUCAGUAUACGGGAAACUGAUAAGUCUGGGUUAUUUCAUUUAAAAAUAUACAAUUAAAAAUGGGUGGAAAGAGUAAUACUGUCACUUUGAAGGUCAAACUGUUCAGCAGUACACAGACUUAAUUAAUGUGAUCAAUCUCCAUCUAAGGGCUUGCUGCUUAGUCACAGUCUAAGAGGAUUUACUCCUUUAUUUCAAGCGGCAGGGGUUUGUACUUGUGUUGUUGAAAGUUUUGGGUUCUAACCCCACUGAUAACCCUGCUGUACCUAGGUAGGAGGCCUGGCCAGAGAUUGACUACACGUAGAUGCUUUGAGCAUUUACAGUGGCUAGAAAAAUGUUUGAAGGUGAAAUGGCAAGUUUAGAGGCUAUCCAGAAAACCAACACCCUGAGGGUGCCCCAGCCCAUUAAAGUGAUUGAUCUUCCAGGAGAGGGUGCAAUGUUUGUCAUGGAGUACCUGAAGAUGAAAAAUCUCAACAAACACUCUGCAAAGCUUGGAGAGCAGAUAGCAGAUCUUCACCUUCACAACCAGAAACUUGGAGAGAAAUUAAAAAAGGAAGGAAACACUGUUGGUAAAGGUGCAGGACAUUCUGAACCUCAGUAUGUGGAUAAAUUUGGAUUCCAUACAGUCACAUGCUGUGGCUUUAUACAGCAGGUGAAUGAAUGGCAAAGCGAUUGGCCUACUUUCUUUAUACGUCACCGACUCCAAGCUCAAAUGGAUUUGAUUGAGAAAGCUUAUGGAGACAGAGAAGCAAUAGAACUGUGGUCACAGCUUAAGCUGAAGAUUCCUGAGAUGUUCUGCGAUGUGGAGAUUAUUCCCGCUCUUCUUCAUGGGGAUUUGUGGGCAGGAAAUGUUGCUGAGGAUGAUUUUGGCCCAAUUGUCUUUGAUCCUGCUUCCUUCUAUGGCCAUUCUGAAUUUGACUUAGCGAUUGCUGUCAUGUUUGGUGGCUUUAGCAGCUCUUUCUUCUCUGCCUACCACAGUAAAAUCCCCAAAGCUCCAGGUUUUGAGAAACGAAACAAGUUGUACCAGCUCUUUAAUUAUAUAAACCACUGGAACCAUUUUGGGACAGAGUACAGGGGAUCUACUCUAAAUGUAAUGAGAAAGCUCUUAAAAUAAUCAUUUAAAGGGUGUUCCUCAGAGAGAAUCUAUCACA